AUGGACAGGUGCGUGUUUUUGAGCACAAGGGGUAAGUAGAAUAUCCCCCAAUGAAACGACUGCACCCGUUGAACUUCGCUGGUCAGCCAGAGUAGUAGCAAGGUUGGUGCAGUGGUAAGAGCACUCGCUUUUCCAUUUACGUUGCCCGGGUUCAAAUCCCGGUGUCGACGCCAUAUGUGAUUGUGUUUGUUGUUGGUUCUUUCCUUUGCCCUGAGAGGUUUUUCUCCAGCUGCUACCGUUUUCCAAUUUAAAUUCCAAUUUAAUCAAGAAUGGUAGACGAAGAAUCACUGAACAAAAUGUGUAUGUGCUUAACCACUAAAUAGUUAUCCAUUUGUAAUUAUUCGUUAUUUCUAUUAGACAGCCAAAGCAAUUAAGAAAUUUUCCGAGCUCGUGUCCAUCAAUAAAGUCACUUAAUGAGCUAAUAACAGGUACUUUGUUACUACUUAGUACUGUGUUUACUUUAUUGCGAGAGAGUCAAUAUCAGUGAUGUGCACAGUACCGCAGAUACGCAAACAACAGAUUGAUCAGCAACAUUCAUGUAAAGCUUUUGCACUUGCCGGUAAAAAAUUGUUAUUUUUUUACAAAUUCAAGAACGGUAAAAAGAAUCCUUAUUUUUUCUUUUUCAGAUGACAAUGCUAGGAAGAAUUUUACGUGGAUUAAUUUUGGUGUCAGUGUGGACGGUUGAAGGCAAGUAAAAUUAUGAUUCGUUUGUAUUGUUCUCUUGUACGGUUUUUUUUCUCUUUGUUUUUUAGUCAUAACAAAGCAGCUUUGGUCUAGAACAAAAUAAUUCAUUAGAACUGAGGUGUUUGUAUGGCCAAUCACAUUAUUUUAAGUGCAGUUGAUAAUAAACGUGCACCAAUUAAUUUGUCGUUGACAAGCACUGGCAUAAAAAUCGUCUUGAGUCAGUGAAGCUUGGUGUUACUAAUAUUCCAACGUUUCUGCACGACUUACAAUGAAGUUAUACAAUCCUAAGUGUUAUUUCAAAGUAAUACCAUUAUAACAAGACCAUUCAUUUGUCUUCUCUAACCAGUCACGAUAUCGUCACCAGCUGUUUGCCCUCAGAAGACAACAUCAGGUCAAUGUUGCAGUAUUCCAUUCAAAUACGGGGGAGAGACCUACAGUUCUUGCACUUCUGCCGAUCAUUACAGACCCUGGUGCUCCUUGGAUCCCGUGUAUAAGGGGAGAUGGGGCAACUGCCGUGAGUUUUAAAUUGACUUAGCUAAAGCCGAGUCUUAACUCUGUAUUUCAAAGCUAUAUUAUCAUUAUACCAAGCCGCAUUGUCUUUUCUUUAAUAGCGUUACCACUCACCACAACGUCAUCAACUGUUUGCCUUCAGAAGACAACUUCAGGCAAAUGUUGCAGUAUUCCAUUCAAAUACAAGCAAGUGACCUUCAACUCUUGCACUACUGCUGAUUACAACAGAACUUGGUGCUCCUUGGAUCCUGUGUACAAAGGACGUUGGGGAAUCUGCCGUGAGUUUUAGAUUGGCACUAUUAAGGCAUUCUUGGUGUCUAUUCAUUAACAUUAUAUAUCAUUAACAAUGCGAACGGUUUGAACCCAAGAGUCAUUUCAUAAAGUAGGUGGAAUAAGAUCGUCCGCGUCAGUGUAGUCCUAAAUAGGACUGUUAACUGACGUUUCGACAACCUGUGCGGUAGUCAUCUUCAGAGUCAAAGUGAGUUGUGUCAUGAAAUGUUGGGCAUAAAUUAACACGCUGUUAGCCAAUCGAAAUGCAGAAAUUGCUGUUAUACAUUUAUAUAUAACAACAUUGCUCCAUGUGUGCUUAUUUUCUUGUAGCAUGAUGUACAUCAGCCGCUACCAUAAUGUCUGGGAAAUCUAUCAAACAAAAAACAUAUUUCAUUUUAUUAGAUCUUUACGUAUUACCAACCUUUCUUACUGUUUCCUUCAAAAAGUUGUAAGAUAAUCUAGGACGGGUUACUCCGUCCAUUAAAAUAGGUCCAAUUACUAAAUAGCGAGUCUUUCCUUGCUAGCGUACCUUUCAGAACCUUGCCGUAAACCAAACAAGCUUCUUAAUGAAGCACAAUUGAAUCAGUCCAAAACUUCAUUAAUCAUUUAAAUAAUAUUAAGCUAAUUCCCCUUAUUCUAAAAACGCAACGUCGAGAAAUGUUAUGUUUUCAACUAUAACUAUGAGCGGGGAGAUUGUUCUCAACAGUUGCGUUUGAUUGGCUCUUUUUUUUAAUGUGAGUCUCUAUGUUUGUCAACCAAUCAAAAUGCGACUAAUUUCCUUUGUUUUUCUGCAUUGGUUUACCUUGUUACCAAUGGCGCUACUUUUUAAAGAACUGAGACAGACAAACAAAAUGAAAUAAUUAUUAACGAAUUCCUCUCGUUUGUUUGGCUUAUGUCAUAAACAUAUAUUAUUUUUCACUCAUUAAAUUAACAAAAGUGACAAAAAUCAAACAAAUGUUGCAAAUUAGUCACUCUGAAGUCUUUUUAGCGAUCCGUUUAUCAUGAAUGAUCACAAUUAAUAGAGCUUACGUUUACAAAAAAUACCUAAAUACACGAUCGAUCAUGACGUGACUUUAUAUCAGCCGAUAUAAUAUAUAGAUUUAGCCAGGGCUAAAAGCGAGGCUCCCAUUAAUAAAUUUAUAAUUUAAAUCAAACAAUUAACUUGUAUUCCACAGUCAGUUAACUUUAGAGCACUUUCGUGUGACUUUUCAGGGAAAGGCUAAGUGAUUUUACAAAAAAUAAUUUGCAAGCAGCCCAAGAGUGAACCAAAUCUCACAUCGAGUUAAUAGCCUCAUAAGUACACCCCAAAACUGGCAAUCAUCUUCGAUCACAUUAUAUGAUGGCUCUUGGUCGCCCUAGAUUAAUUAGGCCUGGAAAAAAAUUCCGGCCGAAUUUUUUGCGUUCGACAAGUUUACUUUACGAAAUCUUGCCAACAAAUCUGGGUGCGACUGUAAACCAACCUUUUACAUCAUUUAUACAUCACAUCUGAGGUGAAACAGUACUGUGAGCCACUGUUUUUAUAAUACAGACCUCGGACAACAGAAUACAGUAUUUCAAAAUAUUGCGAUACAAAUUGCUAUCGCGUGGGCUUUAGCUAAACCGUUAAAAAAAAUUUUUCAAAAUCAUCUAUACGGCCAGCCGGUUCUGACUUUUGCAGUGCUAGCAGUGGCGAGUGUUUGAAUGAACAUUAACAGAGUUACGCUCCAACAUAAUAAAGAACUUAUUAUGUUUAUUUUUUAUUUUAAGACGGUUUAACGCGCGGCAUUUUGAGUACUCCGGGAAGCGUUGUUCACUGAACGACUGAAAACAAUCGGCACAGCGAUUAAAAUUACAAGAAACAGUACUAACAAUCAAUAAAAGAAAUAUAAUUCGGUGAAACAUAUACAGAGACGACAAUUUUCAUUCAGGAAGACAAGUAUUAAAGUGUCUCGAAGUUUCUGUUUUAAGCCGGCUUCCCGGUGUUUGCUUUUUUCAAAGACGAACUCGAGGCAAGAUAAUCGCUCAAACCUUUCUUUUACAGCCAGAAUUAUAACUAAAUAUUCCUUGAAACGUUUUCUUUCCUAGUAUUUGCCGUGAGAAAAUGUCUAAAGGCUUUUUAAACAUCUGUAAGCUUAUAACAAACCUGAUACUCGGUCAGAUCAUUGUCUCAAAUCUUACAAACGUGCGUAAACAAAAUAGCCGCAUAAACUACGCCCGACUUCAUUAAAUUAGGAAUAAAAAACAAACAUCAAAUACAAUAAUUACUUAAGCUUACCACUCGAGAUGCAGCUCCUGAAAGGUAUCAAGUAAGGCCAGUAUCGAGCUUCAGACUUUGCAACCCUCUUACGCAUUAAGCAAGGUGAAAACGAAAACGAUGCCAUCCGAAAUCAGAUUUCCGACUUUGACUCAACCAAAAACCCAAUAAACAAACUAGCCAUGAAUAGCAGAAGACUCCUGAUAGAAUCUGAAUUUCAUUUUGUACAUCCAGUGGAAAAAGAAAGUUAAAAACAUCACAAGUUGACACAAAACUCUGUGAGCUUCAGCUGUCAAAGUAAACAAAAUUCAAGAUGCUGCAUAAAUUUUCCGCAUGAACUCACCUGUCAAAUUUUGACCAAUCAGAGCAUAAAAAAAUGGACGUAGAGCGUGACCAACGCGUGAACAUGGCGAGAAAAGUCAAAAGCAACUGUCUAUAGCAGCUGGCUGAAUUUUCGCGUCCGAGGUCAGUUUGAAAUCAAAAUUUUAAUUGUGCGGCACAUAAACACAACAUAUUUCAUAUGAAUUUAAAAAAAAUUAAACUUGAGCGUGCGAUCAUUUGAAAACCAGUACCUUGUCAGCGGAUAACUUCAAAAAAUACUUAACCUCGAUGGGUCGACACCUGAGCCCGCGAUACAGUCAAGUGAUACUGGUAAGCGGAUACCUUGUUUUGACAGCUGUCAAUUGAUCACAACAUUGAUGUCCAAUAUGUGUAUCAGUUUUCCUGUGCUCCGAUCCCAAACUAGCUAGAAAGUAUGAGACUGAACAUUGAUCGCGAUCUAGUAAAAUAAUUAACUCGUCAGCGGACAGCUUCCAAAUAAAUCAUGUCACCUCAAUGAGUUGACACAUGAGCCAACGAUAUGGUCAUGGGAUACUGGUCAGUGGCUAUCAUGUUUUGACAGCUGUCAAUCGACCAUUUUGUGAAUGUCCAAUGUAAAAGAUGUGGACUUGGCAAGACGCGCCUGAGACACCCCUCCCUUCCUUUUGAUAGUCUCCCCUACCCCACCCGUACAAUCCGUAGACGCGUACGUACGUACGCUCGGUCAACCACGUGACAACCAAGCGAAAAGAGGUUGACCAUAAUCUAUGAGUAUGAGGCUAUCCAAAAAAAAUCAAUUCUCAUCUGAUGCUACGGAACCGAAGAGAAUUUUCAUUUGUAAAAAGACUUUGAGCGUCCCAAGCUAGCCUGUCAAGAGAGUGAAAUUUCUGGGAUUUUUAACAUUGAUUUUGGCACAUUUAUUUGCAGUUGUUAAACCGUGUUUGUUUUCUGUUAAUGGCUCCAGUGGGUUCAUCAGCUCCAGUGGCACCGACUACUACUACGAUUAUUGCACAUGGAUCAUCACUGCACCAGCUAACCACACCGUCAAACUGAAAUUUUCCAUAUUUCACCUAUCUAAUCAAGCUAAGAUCCAGGUCCAUGACGGAAAAAGGAGAAGUGAUACCGUACUGGGAGUUUUUACUGGAGAAAGACAGCCCUUCAUCAUACAAACAAGAGGUCGAUUCAUGGUGUUGACUUUACAAAAAGACUAUUUCUCCACGCCUUGUAACUUUAAGGGAACUUUUAUAAGUUCAAGAAAAGGUAAGCGAAAGUAAUUAGAUAUUAAUAAGAGAAUGAGAACUGCCUAAGAAUGCUAAUUAGCUCCUCAUAAAUAAUAUACUCUUGGACGUUGCAACUGAUGUGGAAUAAUGAAUGCGUCUCAAAAGCGAUGACAAUUUUUCAUACCUUAAAGUAAAUUAAUAAAGCUAUAUUAAAAAUGUUCUUCUGAUUGUGACAAUUAAAGCCUGUCACCGUUACUGCAUAAAGAGGAAAGCUUGACGAAAGAAAAACUGUAAAACAGAGGAAUAUUUUAUAGAGCAGUCAUCCACAAAUAAUAAAUAAAUAAAUUUUACACUCUAAGGAAACAUUUAAAAGAAUACUGUGGAAACGAAGUUUCCUUUCAAAUUUGAAACUACUCCUUUAGUACAGUACCUUUUACUUUUCCUGGUAGUUCAAUUUAAAUCAAGUGAUAAAGAUGUUCUGUAGCUUGUUAUUUAUUGACAUAAGGAAAGCUUUGUAACGACACACACGCGUACAAAACCGUAAGUAUUCUCGAUUCAAAAAUUAUACUCAACGUGAAAUGUGGUGGAGUGAAGAAUGAUGAAAACACGGAAAUGGCGAGGGCUGCAUAGUAACGUAGACCUUACAAAUCAAAAAAGUUUUGUUUUAUUUUUUCUCAAGAAAAAAAAUGAAAGAAAUUUAAAACGCUUAAGAUGUUAUUCCCUCUUGAUCAGUAACACUUAAACCGUCCUCUGACGGUCUCACUAAAUUUGAAUGAAUGAAAAACAAAUUGAAUGCGAGAAAUAUAGGCUCCCCUGUAUUCUUUCUAUCAGUCCUUACUGACUAUCAGUUGAUUGUUUCUCGAGUUUGUAAAGUGGGACGUUUUACAACAAUGUGAGAUAGUAUUGAAACGCUUAAAUUUCAAAGGGAUGGCCUGAAACGAUAACACGAGGCAUGUCUGACUUAAGGAAAACCAAUUUCAGUUACAGUGUAAAUUAAUAGUAUACCCGUACUUAUCUCAAACGUCGAACUCACGAAUACCCUCCAAUCUAGCUACUAAAACUUUUGAGUAUCGUUUAACUUGCAACCUGGUAUGACUUGAAAUCGGGACAUCUUAAAACCCGCUAAAUUUUCUUUUUCAGAAAAGCCGAGGAUAAGGGUACCGUUGAAGGAGUUGCGAACUGUACCCGAGCAUUAUCUCUGGUUUCUGCUGGAAGGUACCCCACCUAUUAACUUGACUCUAAUGAAUACAUCAACACCUUUGAAGGGCGGUCUCGUCAUAAAAGGAUUCCAACUAAAUCGGACGGGUACCUACCGAUACACUCUACUGGCAGAAAAUGAAGAAGGAACUCAUUCAAAAACGGUUGAAGUAACCGUUGUGGGUAAGGAUUCAAUACUGUUAAAUUUCACUUCAAUGUAGAUAAUUAACAAUUAUAGUAGUUUGCACAAACAGAGGUGUUGGAUUUUGUUCUUACUUUAUUCGUUGGUGAUUCACUUCCAUUCGGGGAAAAAAGAAAUGCAAGAAUAUUUGGACUAGUUGCCCUUGUACAUAUUUCGCCAUUGUUUUGAACACGGGUAAUUUGUGUCCAUUAAGGUUUGUAAACAAUAAAAGAUUUACCAAAAUAUAGAAAAUUUGGGUUUCAUCCUUGGUCAAUGAGUACACAUGAAAAUUGGUUGUUGACUUUAAUAUUGCAUAUCGAAGUGUAUCGCUUUCUUGAAAAAUGUCCCUACAAAUUGCCUCAUUCAUGCGUCUAUUCCUUUUACAGAUUGCAAGCAUUUGUGUCACAGUACAGGUUCGAUAACACGUUUUGGCCAAGUAACCAACGAACACGACUGUAGUAGAAGCAACAUAACAAAUAACUGGAAUUGCAUUCCAACCACAGCCACUAAAUUGUAAGUGUAUUUCUUACUUUACCUUAGAUUAAUUGGCCUAUUGUUUUCUUAUAUUACCACUUUGGACCCCUAUUUAUGUUUUUUUAGACUAUCAAAUGCUCCAAAAUGACCCUAAAAGAAAUAAAAUAUUUUCUCACUACUACUUGUUUUAUUUUAACGAGAAAAGAACGUAGCUUUCUAGUUAUGAGCGCUUUUGAAACUGAUGAUCAACCCGGGACUUUCAAAUGAGCGCGCGCGUAUACAAUGCGAAACUUGCCCUUUCUUUCACAAUGUAACUGAGAGAUUUUUACGCAUUCACCUUCUUAAACGUUCUCUAAAGCUGAGGCACGCUGUUGAAUAAAAUGCACAUGGGCCAAUCAGUGAGAUUACAGGGCGACAAAUGUCCAAAUAAAUGACACAGGUUCAUCAAAACCUGAUGCUAGCUCUUUCAACCUUUCGCAUUGUUUUAAUUGUUCAAGCCACAACACAUUCAAGGUUUUUUUUACACCAAGGAAUCACAGAGCUUUGUAAAACCUUCGUCUUUCAAAUCGCGGGCGCUGAAAUUCUGACGUUCUGAAAUUUUGCUUGUGCUUCAUCUUUCAAAACGCUUAUAGUUCGGCUCUCUUAGAGGCGAUUUAGAUAUCAUUUUGCGGAGACGUUGUGAAAUGAUGGAAGUUUAGGAAUAUAUUUUUUUCCGGUAGAUCGCUAGAUCGUGCUUUACAGCGAUGCUUAAAGUCACCUUUGUCCAAACUAGGAAAUCGUGAUUUUGUGUCCAAGUUUGCGGGAAAAAUAAAAUACAGCACUGUGUGAUUUUAUUAAUAAAUAAGAUAAACUGUCUAAACCUCUAGUGUGUCAUGUAUUGGACAUAUUUUGCAAUUUACAGUUUGUUAGCCAGAUAUAGUCGUUUAAAUGAGCAAAGACUUUCAUCCCUGAAAUUAUAAUUAACGCUCUAUAUAUUUUUUAUAUAAGCGCUCUUUCAGAAUUCUGCCCAAUACAUAUAACACACUACAGGGUGUCCCAAAAGUUCGUUCCUCUAAUUUCAUGCACUAUAACUUUUGAUCAAAACUUUAUAUUUUUACAUGAAAUUUCUAGAAGAUGUUUAUUUCUCUACCGAGUACAUGUAUUCAGAAUUUCAGUAACUGGCAUGUGCUUUUUGAUUUUUUAUCACAUUCUGUAGCCUUUGCGGCAUGAAGUGGGAUUCAGUGUGUAGACCCACAGAUGAUCCAUCUUGA